UCUCUCUGUGUCACACACACACACACACACACACACACACAGACACACACACAUGCACGUGCAGGCAUUCAUAAUAAAUUAAAUCUAAUCUAUAGGCCCCCUCCUGGUGCGGUGUUUCCGUAGCCCCUGCAUGAGGCUGUAGACCGGAUGUCCCAUAACCCUUGAAUCCAGGCGAGACAAAGCGUCCCCCGCCAGCCAAUCAGACGUCAGUUGAGUCUGGGGUUAGACACCGCCCUCUCAGGCAGCACAGGACACCAAAAGAAAUAAACACCUCUCCGAUUUUCAAGUUGUUUUUAUUUUUUUUAUUUUCCAUUUUUCAUUUUAGAAAACGAUCCCAAAAAUCUUAAUUAUACAUCGAUCUGACGAACAAAAAACAAAAAAACAACAACACUUUAAGAAAAUUGAAUUAAAUUUUCUUGCUUUUCAUUUUUUAUAUGGAACAUUGAAGUGAAGCGCUACACGGUUGUGGGUUUUUUUUUGCGCCGUGGUUCUUUAUUGUCCCACUAGGGGAAAUUUACUGUGCAGCGAGGGUUCACACAUGUUGCAGCAGAAAGAUACAAAGGACAACAUUUAAGCUGCCGUAACUACAACUACAAAGCUACAUGCAGCUUGGCAGGCUGGUCACUUCAUACCUGACGAGAUGAAGAGACGCUCCAACGUGCUGGAAGCUCUGGAGAAAGUCCUGCAGCCUGAGGACAGCGAGCAGGACUCUGAUGAAGCCGUCGGAACCGAGGAAGACACGAAUGAUGAAGACGAGUUCGUGCCCGAGUCCGAGUCCUCCGAUGACUCCACUGAUGGUGGGAAGGACAAGGAGGAGACAGCAGGUCCCGAUGAAUGGAAAUCCAAGAAUGGGCAAAUCGUCUGGUCUCCCACUCACGCCGAGACGCUGCGUUACUUUCCAGCUAAAUGUGUGACCCCGGGACCGACACGGUACGCCACCGCCCGCAUCACCACUGUCAAGUCCUGCUUCGAUCUGUUCAUCACGGAAGAGAUCAUCCAGCUGAUUCUGGACAUGACGAAUCUGCAAGGGAGGCGCUCCGUCCGUGACUGGAAGGACAUCGAUGCCACCGACCUGCAGGCCUACAUCGGCCUGCUGAUUCUGGCUGGUGUGUACAGGUCGCGGUGCGAGUCCACGUGCAGCCUGUGGAGUGAACACACCGGACGGGCCAUCUUCAGGGCCACCAUGUCCCACAGAAGAUACAGUUUGCUAAACGCAAACGUGCGUUUCGACGACAAGCUGGCACGACCUGAGCGCCGCAGGAAAGACAAGCUGGCUGCCUUCAGGACCAUCUGGGAAAAGUGGGUACAUCGGCUCCCCCUCCUCUUCAACCCGGGCCAGGAUGUCUGCGUCGACGAGCAGCUGGUCCAGUUCAGAGGCCGCUGCGCAUUCCGCCAGUACAUGCCCAAGAAACCAGCGAAGUAUGGCAUCAAGAUUUGGGUCACCUGCGACGCCCUCACGUCUUACGCAUGGAAUAUGCAAAUCUACACAGGUAAAUCUGAAGGCAGUGCCCCGGAGGUGAACCAGGGAAAGAGGGUCGUCCUGGACAUGACUGAUGGGCUGCAGGGGCACACCGUGACGUGCGACAACUUCUUCACGUCUUAUGCGCUGGCGGAGGAGCUCCUGAAAAGGAAGAUGGCCAUGGUCGGCACAAUAAGGAAGAACAAGCCAGAGCUUCCCCCGAAGCUGCUGCAGUUUAGGCAGAGGGCGCCCCUCUCCUCCCUCUUCGCGUUCACCAGGACGCACACGGCGGUGUCCUACAUACCGAAGCGGAGGAAGAACGUGCUGCUCCUCAGCACCAAGCACCGCGAUCCGGCUGUGAGUAGCAAGGAUCACCGCAAGCCAACGAUAAUCCUCGACUACAACCGCUGCAAAGGAGGUGUCGACAACUUGGAUAAGGUUGUCGGCACCUACAGCUGUAGGAGGAGGACCUGUCGGUGGCCACUGGUUCUGUUUUACAACAUCCUGGACGUCUCUGCCUACAAUGCAUUUGUGCUGUGGACAGCACAGAAUCCCUCCUGGAACCAGAAAAAAACCUUCAGACGGAGGCUGUUCAUAGAGGAGCUGGGGAAAAUGCUGGUGUCUCCGCAAAUGCAACGAAGACAGAGGCUCCCCCGCACGCCAAGCGCCGCUGCCAUGGUGAAGGAUCAACAUCAGUCGGGGGACAACCCGGAGGAAAGCCGGGACGCAGGCGGCCCCCCCAGCAAAAUAAGGAGAAAGUGCGAGUUCUGCACUGGGAAAAAGAAAAAGGUUUACACCACUUGCUUCAAGUGUGGCAAGCAUAUUUGCAAAAGCCACACAUUCUCAUACUGCGGCUCUUGCUGAACUAAAUGAACUCUUACGCACACACACACACACACACACACGCAGAGUAGUAUUUUUGUUCUGAUUUUCUUUUAUAUCUUUAAUGUUGUUUAGAAAAAUAAAUCUUAUUCUUGUUCAAAGUCAUCUUGUAUUUUUUAUUUCUUUAUUUCUAGAGCAAACUUUGAAGGGUAAUAGGAGUAAUGAAAAAAAACAAUAAUGGACAUUUUACAUGGACUAGACGUUAGCAGGUGAGAUUCUUUAAUUCUUUUAAUCUAAUACUGCACAAAAAAUUAAAAAUCAAUGUUGUUGCUAAUCAUUGACAUAUCCAAGACUUUGCUAAUCCAGACCAAAAUGUUCCCCGUUAGCAUUUAGUAUAUGGAAAAUAAUUCAUUUUGGGUUUUUUUUUUUCUUUGGUGGUAUCAUCACAAAAACUGGCAUUUAAAAGGUUAAAAUCCUGACAAUGAAUGAUUAUUUGGUAGUUGUGAUCAGGACUAGUGUUGGUUAAAAGAUUUAACUCAGUGAAAGUGGAAAAUAAUAUUAAUAUAUUGUCACAGUUGGCUCCUCAGUCCCUUCCUCAAACACAGUCAUCGUCCUGUUUCUCUUGACCCUUGAUCAUCUCACUCCUGCAGCCCUCGCCUCAUCCCCCCCUCACCUGAGAGCAUCUCCACACCUGCACUCCCUCAUCAGCCACUCAUAUAUAUACACCGGCCCAGAUCUAUUGUUCCUCUGCCAGUUUGUCAAUGUUGUUCGUUCUGUUAUUUCAUGUCCGUGGCCUGUUCCUGUCUGCCUCGUGCUCUUGUAAUCCUUGUAGCUUGUUUUUUUUUUUUUUUUUGUGAAUAAAUCAUUUAACUGCA